AUGACAAAAUCAGAGGAAAACUCGAUUGCUGAUGGACUUCCCACCGGAACCACGUCGGAAGCAGCACUUCAUCAAGGGCAAAUUAUGGCGGCUUACGCUUCGGUAGCGUCUUCUUCAACAACUGGACUAGACGAUACUAUGCACGGAGUUCCUGAGAUAACUUCCUCCAUGGCAUCGUCUAAAACUCCGACUGGAGCUACCAGUACUCCAGCUACUGCUACUCCAGCUUCGUCGCGAAGCAAGUCUGGCCCGGAUACCACUCCUUUCAAAAAGGACUCCUAUGAUCCAUACCGCAACAACAACAACAACGGAGACGGAAAAUCCCUGAGAAAAGGAGUGCCUGAAGAUGUGAUGUCCACAGCCGGAUCUUCGAGCACUACUGAUUUUCAAGAAAGUGGCAGCUCUGUCCAGCAGUCCAAUGGUCAUGGUGAUGGAUUCAAAAGGACGGCUUUGCAACUGUGGAGGAACUCGAGGAAGAGAAUUCGGAGAAGAAGGAUGAUGAAGAAGAGGAAAAAAAGCCAAAAGGGUUCCGCCGCGACGACUUUUUGA